AUGUCUCUCCCUCGAUACUGUUACAACGGUCCCAUUGACCACACCAUUCCGCCACAAAGGGAGAAUGUUCGUGGGAAAUCCGUCAUCAUCACGGGCGGGGCCAACGGAAUGGGUGAGGCUUGUGUCCGGGACUUUGUUGCCGCUGGAGCAUUUGUCACGUUUGCCGAUGUCAACGUGGAGCGGGGCAGGACCGUCGAGAGGGAGCUGAACGGCGAGACUGGCAACAAUUGUGUCUUCGUCAAGUGUGACAUCCGAGACUGGGACGAGCAGCGUGCAAUGUUCGAGACUGCUAAGGCAAGAAGCCCGCAUAAUAGCGUCGACAUUGUCAUCGCCAACGCUGGCAUCAGCCGGAGCUCGGGAGACAGCUUGUGGAAUCUUGAUGACCCCAAUGGAGAGCCUACAAAGCCGGAUCUCAACAUUGUUCGAGUCAACUUGGAUGGAACGCUCUACACGUGGAAGCUCGCUGUGCACUACUUUAGAAAGCAGCCUGACACACAGGACCGAGACCGAUGCUUCAUCAUCACAGGGUCAAUGGUAGCUUGGAUUGACUCUCCAGGGAAUUGGGAGUAUACUGCCACCAAGUACGGCCUCCGCGGUUUCAUGAGAACUGUUCGCCGCUCGAGCCAUGAGCAAGGCGUCCGCAUCAACUAUGUGGCGCCAUGCUGGAUCAAGAGUGCCAUUCGUACCGCCGAGUAUGAGAAAUGGCUUCUUGAUAGGGGCAUCGAGUUUGGCGAGCAGGUCGAUGUAGCGGCUUGCAUGAUGAAGAUUAGUUGCGACAGGUCUAUCAAUGGACGAUCUCUGAUGAUCACGCCGAGAUCCGUGGCGAGAGAAGGGUUCAUGGACAUUGAUAGGGAGGAUUACAAAGAUGUAAAGGAGGAUGAAUACCUGAAGAAGGUCCAGGCAUCUCAGCUUAUCAUCAUCGAGGACAAGUGGCUUGACGACUACAAAGUCCGAGUCUACAAAGAGUAG